AUGGUUGACUUCCCAGCGCGGCCUCCGAAGUUCAAGUUCGAGUCGAAGUGGAUAAAUCACCAGCACCUGUGGGGCGAUCGCAUUUGCCACUCGCUGCUGUCUGACGACUUUCUGGACUUCUUCCGUGAACGGCGGACACACAGCACCAGUCUUUGGAACGCUUCGUGCGCUCUCUCGGACGAGGAAGGGCUGGGCGGCAUGCCCCGCUAUCUGCAGAUUCUCCGCGAGUUCCUGGGCUGCGACUCUGACUAUGACGAGGAGCAGCAUGUCAAGUACGAUGCCAGCUCCCUUGAGGCUGAUGUCGCCGCGCAAAGAUCCUUCAAGCCUGAGUGGUGGGAGGAGAGCUCCCGUCUGGAACCGGAGGCAUCUGCCACAACACAGCCGGAGGCAGAAGCUGCGCAAUCGAAGGAGGAGGUGUGGGGCAUCGACUUCUUCUCAAAGGAGCCCACGCAUGUUGGAGACGCGGACCGUCAUCCGUGCUUCGAUGUUGCUGAGAACCCGGGUCGGGUGCCCUCGCUGUCGACAUCAAUGGCCUGCCUCAGCCCUCAGAGCUUUGAGAUGGGUGCGAAGACCACGGACUUCGGUACGCCGAUCAAAGUCAUCCUGCCCUAUCCGGUGUCCACGGAGGCCUGGUCUUCUGUCGGCCGCUCUCUCGCUGCCUCUGGGCUUGCGGCGCUCGCACCCUUGGCCGAGGGCAUGUACCAGCUCAAGCUCAACAGCUGCCGCUCAGGCGACUCUGCCACUCGCUUUGAAGGCAUUCUCAACAUCAUCGGAGAGGUGUGGAAGACCACCUGCAUCGGAAUCGUCAAAGACAGCAACUACGAGUCUGAGCGGGCGGUCAUGUGCUUCGUCACCCUGCACUUCCUUUUGCUGUGCCUGGCCCAAGAUCAUCCACAGCUUCGCGAGCAUACUGCAGCCACCGUGCGCGAGUUUUUGGAGCGGAUUGAUGCCGCACCAUCCGAGAAUCUCAAGACCGCGGUCCCGGAUCUGGGGAGAUUCCUGGUGAGGUUUCUGCUGACAGAAAGCGAACUGUCGCUCCGGGAUCAUCUGGCACCGAUCGUUCGCGAGCUUUUCCGCCGGAACGUUCGGUGGGUGCACCCGGACCACUGGGCGGAUGGUGAUGCCUCCGAAGACGAGAAGGAGGAACAGGUGGACGCGGCUUUCGAGGCGAGCCAGUUCGGAAUGAA